AUGAACAGCCACCACAAUCAGAAUCCACCAGCACAAUCAGAUGCCACCAUCAUCCACAAUCCAUCGUCCACCGCUGCCAGCAGAGUGGUGGUGGAUCAUGAGCAAGGUGGCAACCGAUGGUGGACCACUAUCCACCAUCAGAUGCCAACACAUGUAUAUGAUAUCUAUGCUAUAGGAAUUGGGGCAAUCACAGGCCAAAUUAUGGAGACAUCUAGUGAUUCGGAAUCAUGGAACACAGCGGGAGAAGCUCACUGCAGACCUACCAAGGACAUGGGAAGAACCAGUGACCAAGCAGGAGAGAUCUCUGAGAAAUUAAAAAUCUUUACUAAAGCAUUACAAGAAACUAACCGAGGAUUGACCAAAGUAGACCAGAAGUUAAAUCUAUACAGGGACCAGACUGAAGCCGGUGUGGCUGGACCAAUCCUGAAGGAGUCAAACAAGACAGAAUCCGAGAGACAAGUCUCGGAACUGAAAAGAGCCAUGGAUCAGAAGGAGCCGGAGAGGGACCAACUCUACAAUAGGUUGGACAAAUUGUCAUCAGAGCUAGAAAGAUUGAGGGAAAUACAGAACAGAGAGCAGACUGAUAGAAAGAAGUUGGAAGCAGUACUCCUGGAGCGUGGGAGGAGCAGAGAUAGAAUAAGAAGCAUUGCCAUUAAGACUGUACGCCCCUGCAAAGCCAAGUGCAAGAGGCUGGACGAGACUCAAUUUCAAACUGAGAAGGCUUCGGAGGCAGCCAGGAAAAAGGAGAGCUUUCCAGACCAACCGAAUGUGUUGAGCCAGAAGACAGACGCAGCUCGUACGGAACUCAGAGAAAUCCUAAGCCAUUUAGCCAAGCACAAGGAAGAGCUCCACCACAAAAACAUGGAGCUGACUGAGACCAGCCAGAAACAGUUGUCACUGAAGCAGGAAACACAGGAGGUAAGAGAGGCCUUAGCUGCCCUGAAAGAAGAGAAUCAGAGUCAGGUGGCCAUCCAUGCCUGGAUAAAGGAGCACCUGAAGCUGGAGGUACAAACUGUCUCCCAAGACUGCUGUUGUCAAAGGGUCCAGGACAUGCAGGGCGAGUUCCAGGCCGCCCUGGAGCAGAUGACCCCAACCCCUGCUCAGCUAGCUCAACAGUUAGCUAAUGAGGAGAACUCCAGGAAGGAGCUCCAGAGAAGCUCUACAGAGCUACAAGCUAAACUGACUGGGGUAAUGGAAGAGCGGGCUGCACUGGAACAACAGCUGCAGCUUGAGAGAGAGAUGCAUCAGAAGAAAGUGCACAACACAAAGGCAAUGAUGGAGGACAGCAGUAUAAAUCGUGAUCAUGAAGUGCACGCUAAAACACAGGCACAUUUGAAGGAGCUGACUGAGACCAGCCAGAAACUGUUGUCACUGAAGCAGGAAACACUGGAGGUAAGAGAGGCCUUAGCUGCCCUGAAAGAAGAGAACCAUAGUCAGGUGGCCAUCCAUGCCUGGAUAAAGGAGCACCAGAAGCUGGAGGAACAAACUGUCUCCCAAGACUGCUGUUGUCAAAGGGUCCAGGACAUGCAGGGCGAGUUCCAGGCCGCCCUGGAGCAGAUGACCCCAACCCAUGCUCAGCUAGCUCAAAAGUUAGUUAAUGAGGAGAACUCCAGGAAGGAGCUCCAGAGAAGCUCUUCAGAGCUACAAGCUAAACUGACAGGGGUACUGGAAGAGCGGGCUGCACUGGAACAACAGCUGCAGCUUGAGAAAGAGAUGAAUCAGAAGAAUGUGCACAAAAUGAAGGCAAUGAUGGAGGACAGCAGCAUAAAUCGUGAUCAUGAAGUGCAGGCUAAAAUGCAGGCACAUUUGAAGGCGGUUAAGGCAAGUGGAGAGUCAGAUAGGGAGCUGUGUGGGGUGCUCCGUGCCUCAUUAAGCAGGACGAAGAGUGAGUCUGAUAAGAUGGCAGCGCAGCUGAGGAAAAAUGAUGAGGCAUAUGCACUUCUGCAAAGAAAAUACCAACAACUCCAACAGGAACUGGAUGAGAAAAUUAGAUCCGGUGAUCUGAGGCAUAUUUCAGGUCUGGAGGAGAAGGUGCUACAGAUGGCAGAACAACAGAAACAAAUCCUUACCAUCGUUGGUGAGGAACUGGAUGCAACAUGCCUCAACUUGGCUAGUAACUGUGAAUACAAACAACACGCAAUAUCACAGGACCCUACAUUAGUGAAAAACAUUCACCACUGGCUUGCAGAGACAAUGACAAAGCUACGCUGGCUGUGUGAGGAGGUGCGGGAGUGUGUCACAAGAGAAGAGUCCCUAAGGAAGGAGCACCAGCAAACCAGGGAUCAGUUGAAUACACUCAGGCUGAUGUGGGAAACGUGCGUGGACCAACUGGAGAAGCGGAGCCAGUCCAGUCGCACGAAGGGAGAGCUGCUGGAGAGGAGUUUAGGGAAGGAGGAAGACAUGAAGGUUCUUCAAGAUUGUAUUUUGGAUGUAGAAAUUAUAGCCCUGGACCUCUUUGAGUCAAUUCCUGAAAAACAAUCUCUGAUGGAUCUCUCUUUUUUGUAA